AUGGCCGCCGCAACACGACGUGCAAUUCGAGUGAUCACGCUAGGCAAUGUCGAAAUCCAAUCAAACGUUCCUGCACCACGAAGUCGUCCAGACUAUGUAAUCGCCGAAGCAAAAGCAUGGGCAUUAAACCCCACUGAUAUUGGGCAUAUCGACAAUUUAGGCGGACCAGGAACUAUCAUUGGCUGUGACUGGUCCGGUGUUGUCACGGCAGUUGGAGAGAAUGUUACUCGCUUCAAGCCCGGGGAUGCAGUAUCUGGCGUAUGCCAUGGGGGCAACACGGUAGAGCCCGAAGACGGGGCAUUCACAAACAUAGUUAUUAGCAAGGAACUCGCCACUCUGCACAAACCAGACAGCCUGAGCUUCACCGAAGCCGCGUCGUUGGGAGUUGGUAUGGCGACUAUCGGGCAGGCGUUCUAUUGGGUUAUGAAGCUACGUCUGCCAUCUCUUACUAUCAGCACCGAGCCCAGCGCUGGCCCUGCUCUUUUUGUCUACGGUGGAAGUUCGGCGACGGGGUCGCUGGCCAUUCAGGCUGCUAAACAGUCUGGAUACAAAGUGUACACGGCCUGCUCGCCCGACAACUUUGACCUCGUCAAGUCUCGCGGCGCCGAGGCCUGGUUCGACUACAAUCUUCCCACAUGCGCCGACGACAUUCUGGCCACUGUGACCGCCGCUUCUUCCUCUAUUGGCUAUAUACUAGACUGCAUCGGCAACGAGUCCUCAGCCAGGCUCUGCGCCGCUAUCCUAUCCCCUUCUGGCGGACACUACCAUUCCAUAAAACCACCCGUCCCAGCAGUCUUCAAAACCCUUCGACCUGAGGAUACGGCCAUCGCCACUACAGCACUAGGCUACGCCAUGAGCGGGGAAAGUUUCGAACUACCGCCUGGCAACGUCCACCCUGCCGACCCGCAACAGGGCGAAUUUGCAAAGGAAUGGGCUGUUCUUUCGGAAGCGCUGAUUGCGGCAGGAAAGAUCAAGCCUCAUCCGGUUGAUGUGCGUGAGGGAGGGCUGGAGGGGGUUUUGGAUGCGAUUGCCGAUUUCAGAGGGAAUGCGCCAAGGGGGGUGAAGGUUGUGGUUGCUGAAUAG